AUGAUGAGUAAGUGCAACUCACAGCACGCUAUAAAUGAUAUCAAGAAAUAUAUUCUAACCUACUUCCUCAAGUUAGCUGAUUCACAAUGUGUAUUGAUGUGGGAUCCAAUGAGCAAGAAACACAAGUCAUUUAAGUACAACGAGAUUCAAUCAAUGUAUUUCAUCAAAUCUUUGGUUGUAAAAUAUGAAGAAAAUGGUUCUUUGAAGACUAUGACUAUUUCUUCUACACCACAAUGGAACGAAUGGGAUGCUGCUGCGACACCAACUACAUAUUAUCCAUUGUCAAAGAUACUCGAACGGUCUCAACAGGAUGGUGGGUAUGCUCAAUGGAGUACAACAAUGGUGCAAGCUGCUUUCAAUGCCGGUUCAUUACCAUGUGCAACUCUACUUUUUAAUAGAUGGAUCAACUUUGCUGCACUGUGGUGUUGA